ACAAAAUUUAUGUAUUUAGCUAAAUUAUAGUAUUGUGACAGAGAGCAAUUAUGGCAUUGGCUAAUAAAACUGAAAUUUUCACAAAUAAGCAUUCAUUUAUCUAAUAGAGCACGAAAAAUGAUUCCAAAGGGAAUAAUAUUACUAGUUGUAUUAUGUCAGUAUGUUUCCGUUACCCAGUGUGCAAAGCGUGUGGACGCUAACCUCCGAGCACGCGAGACAGUCAAACGCCGCCGUAGUCAGCUGAUGCAACGCCGGGAUGAAACAAUACUGGACACUACUGAAUUGUUUCAACUAACUGAGGGUGAGUCUCUUAAAGUCGAAUGUGAUAAGAGAGACGCUGCUGGCACGAUUACAGAAAAAAUGAAGGAAACCUACAAAGGGAUUGAAGUAUAUGACGCAAUUGUCACUGUCCAUAAAACAGAACAAGGUCAGCUUACUGGAGAGGCCUCUGGAGAAAUCAUACAGGAAAUAGAAGAAGACUUACCGGACCUCGAAACUAAUUUCACUGACGAAGAAACAUUGCACAUAGCUCUGAUUGCAGAAGGAGACAAUAUGGAGACAAUAACGAACGUUGAAAUCAGGAAAGAGAUAUACAUGGAUAAUAAUAAUCGUGCCAGACUGGUUAAUGUUUUGUCUUACCUGAUAGAUGGUGUCAAACGCCCGUUUUACAUAAUAGAUCUGAAAAAUGGUGCAAUUUUGAGACAUUGGCAAGGACUAAAUAGCAAGAAAUGUCGAUCUAACAACUAUCAAGCUGUAGGUGGCAACGAAAGGACUGGGAAAAUUUCAUAUGGUGACAAACCAUAUUGUCUUCAAAUGGAUGUUAAAGGAAAAAGAUGCUUCCUAGAAAAUAAAUAUGUUCGUGUUGUAGAUAUGAAAAACAAGAGUGAAACAUAUAAGAAAUUAAAGACUGCUAGCUUUGACUGUAAUACUGGUUAUAAUGAUCAGGUAAACGGCGGAUACUCUCCGGCAACCGAUGCUUUCUUUCACGGAUCAAUUGUCGGUAGUAUGUUUAAGGAUUGGUUUGAUAGUAAACCAUUAAAAGACAAGAUUGUCAUCAGGGUCCAUUAUGGUAUAUCUCUUGAAAAUGCAUUUUGGGAUGGACGGACGUGUGCUUUUGGCGACGGAAGUGACUAUACAUAUCCUUUAACUUCUGUUGAUGUAAUAGGCCACGAAAUAGGACACGGAGUGACAGAGCAAAACUCCGGUCUUGUGUAUUAUGGUGAAAGUGGUGGCGUUGACGAAGCAUUCUGUGACAUGAUAGGUGAGGCUGCAGAAGAAUAUUUGAUGGCAUCCGACUUGCUGAUGGGUCAUGACGUCAUGAAAUAUGAAAAGUACUUGCGAGAGUUUAAAAAACCAGAUAAUGAUAAAAUGUCAAUAAGUAAUGUUAAAGAUAUGGUUGAAGAUAUGGAUCCCCAUUACAGUAGUGGUAUAUACAGACGGGUAUGGUAUGUUCUCACUACAGGGGGAAUGCCAAUACGGCAUGCGGCUGCUGUAUUUUUGCAUGCAAAUAGAAUGUUCUGGCACAAAACGUCAUCAUUUUAUGACUGCUCGUGUGGUGUUUUAAAAGCGGCUUUAGAUCUUGGUUAUGAUACUGCUCCAUUUAGAGAUGCAUUCAGCGAUGUUGGCAUUGAACCUUGUGAUGUUAGCAAGUUCGUAUUCACGCUCUAUAACAACGAAACUCGCCGAGACAUUCAAGUAGGUAGAAUAGUCAAUCCUGUCUUUAAAAUUGAGAUACCGCCAUGGGCAAACAACUUUGUUAUAAGUGUCAAAAACGGAAAUUCUGAGCAGUUUAUGAUAAAGGUGACGACAGGUGGAUGGGAACAGGCGGUUAAUAGCCCAAACACAGCGGUUGAUGUAAGCAGUGGCACAAAUAGUGUGACAAUUCCAGAUCCAGUGAAAACAGAAUAUUUUAUUAAAGUAUCUUUACAAAGCGCACAAGCACUUGAAGAUGAUACAGCUAUCAUUGAUGCUGAUAUAAAGGCGGGUUACAGAUGUCUGUCAAAUUAUACUCCCAACAGCUCCCAGCUUAAGUUGUAUAAACGCGACUGCCGGAAACGCAGAAAAUCAUUUAAAAGACCAUAGAAGCGAAAGAUACGAAACUAGUUUAAUAAUGUUCUAAUGGUUUCCUUUUGCUAAACUUUCAAAGCUUUUAUCAUUUCUUAAACAUGUGUUUUGUUUAAUUAUUCAAAUGUAUUAUAUUAAAAAUGAAACCAAAA